ACAGCGAAACGAAACGCGAAAAUUCAGGUAUCUGCAGGUACCUAGCUACCUGUAACCUAACGUAAGGGCCUAAGGCCUAAGGGAAUGAUUUCGAGACGGGCAGCAGAAGCCAGCCAGCCAGUCAAGUGACUCACGUACCGCUCCAAUGCGACUACCAGCCCUGCAAUCGCCCACGACACUGACAUUGACACUGUCGUCGAGCCUUUGCUGCUGGCCUCGCCGCCCUAUCGUCUCGAGCCCUUGCAUAUUCUCCCAAAGAACCUUCACGAGCCCCGUCGCUACGAGUCAUCCGAGAUUCUACCAACUGCCGCGAGUAUCUGUACAAACCCGGCCCCGGACUCGGAACCAGACACCCCUCAUCAGGAGUAGCAUCGUACAAAAUUUCUCUAGCAGCAGCAACAGCAGCAGCAGCAGUAGUGGUGCAUCUGCAAUAGCAGGCAACAACAUGGAGAAGGAGAAGACAGAUAAAUCAGCCGUCAAGGUGCCCAAGGGUACACGGGACUGGGUUGGUCUAGAUAUCAAGAUUCGAGACCGUAUCUUCAAAGCCGCUGAGGACGCCUUCACUCGUCACGGAGGUGUCGCACUAGAUACUCCCGUCUUUGAAUUAAAGAGCAUAUUGUCUGGAAAGUAUGGAGAAGACUCAAAGUUGAUAUACGAGCUAGCAGAUCAAGGAGGCGAGGAUCUCGCGCUUCGAUAUGAUUUGACAGUCCCCUUCGCGAGAUGGCUUGCCAUGAACAACACGCAACAGAUCAAGCGCUACCACAUCGCUAAAGUCUACCGGAGAGAUCAACCCGCUAUUGCAAGAGGUCGUAUGCGCGAGUUUUAUCAAUGCGACUUUGAUAUCGCUGGUGAAUAUGACUCUAUGAUACCCGAUGCUGAAAUUCUUCGAAUCGUGUAUGAAGUGUUCUCAUCGCUUGGUUUGGCCAAGGACGUCACGGUCAAGAUCAACCAUCGCAAAAUCCUCGACGGUCUGUUUGCGGUUGCUGGUGUGCCUGACGAUAAAAUCAGGUCGAUAAGUUCCGCGGUUGAUAAGCUAGACAAAAUGAGCCCCGAGGAAGUGAAGAAAGAAAUGAUAGAAAAGGGCCUUGAGGGCAAUGUUGCCGACGAGAUUCUCGAGUGGACCAAAUACAGCGGCGACAUACCAAAGAUCAUAGAUCUUCUAUCAAAGAACGAGAAAAUGGUUGCCAAUGAGAAGAUGAAGAAGGGAAUAGAAGAGAUGAGGCUGCUCCAUAGUUAUCUGGACGCCUAUGGAAUUGCGGAUCAAGUAUCAUUCGACCUAGCGCUAGCUCGCGGUCUCGACUAUUAUACAGGGUUGAUUUAUGAAGCCGUUAUAGAACUUAGCGCUAAGGAUCGCUCGGCCGAGACGAGGGUGGGCAGUAUCGCGGCUGGUGGACGCUACGAUAACCUGGUCGGCAUGUACGGCCGGAAACAGAUUCCCUGCAUCGGCAUUUCAUUUGGAGUCGACCGUAUUUUCACAAUACUCAAAUCACGCUACGAAAAGGAAAAGCAAAAAGUGCGCGGCAGCGAUGUCUACGUUAUGGUAUUCGGCGGCAAAAACGGCCUGCUUGCAGAGCGCAUGGGUAUCGCGCGCUUGCUCUGGGACGCCGGUCUCAGCGCCGAGUUCUCGCCGAAGGUGAAGCCGCGUCUACCACAGCAGUUCAAGGCCGCCGAGACGGGCGGAAUACCUCUCGCCGUCAUCGUUGGCGAAGACGAGUUAAAAGCCGGCAAGGUCAAGGUCAAGGUCAUGGGCCUGCCCGACGGCCACCCGGAUAAAGAGGGCAAGCUGGUCGAGAAGACGGACCUCGCUGUCGAGUGCAAAAGGUUGCUGGCUGAGGGUGCGCAGCAGACGAACGGCGAGCCGGAUGUAGGAUCGUUGAAUAUUUCUUGAUAGAUCAUAGAAUUUGAAAAUAUACUUUUCUCACUCUCGAUUCUUAUGCUUUGGAUCAUGACGACCAUGAAUUGCAGCUAGGUAUAUAAGGUGGGGGGGGGGGGGGGG